ACACUGCAGAUGAUGAAAGGAUGAGGCAACAUUGUCACUCGGAAUAAAUUUCCUUUUGUGAUCGAAAAAUACUAAAAUGGAUUGAUAUAAUCGACAAUCCAGAUAGUACACGUCAUAAACGAAGCGUGUACAGUCAAAUAUUGGGACUUUACUGAUUGAUAUUGAGUUUGAAGGGACGUUUUGAGAGGCCUCCACUCUCAAAAAUCCAAAAAUAGGAAGAUGGCGCAGUUGUUCAGAUGAAUCAGACAGAUUCGCAUACAAUUAUUUUCUAUCCACUGGCUUCUCCACUCGACGGUUCGUCAUGGAAACCAUCGGGGAGUAUGAGUACAGCAAAAAGGACCUCAUUGGUCAUGGGGCCUUUGCUGUUGUCUUCAAGGGAAGACUAAAAAAGAGUCAUGAAAGUGUGGUGGCAAUCAAGAGCAUCACGAAGAAGAACUUGGCUAAAUCACAGAAUCUUCUCAGCAAGGAAAUCAAAAUCUUAAAGGAGCUGUCUGAUCUUCACCAUGAAAAUGUGGUUGCUUUGCUUGAUUGUAAGGAAACGACUCAUCAUGUGUACUUGGUCAUGGAGUAUUGCAAUGGAGGGGAUCUUGCCGAUUACCUGCAAGCAAAAGGAACUUUGAGUGAAGACACCAUCACCAGUUUUCUCAAACAAAUUGCUGGUGCGAUGAGAGCGUUGAAUGCUAAAGGAAUAGUACAUCGCGAUCUGAAACCACAGAACUUGUUAUUGUGCCAUGCUGGUAAACCUAGUCCCCAACCUUCAGAUAUCAGAAUCAAAAUCGCCGACUUUGGCUUUGCCAGGUUUCUUCAAGACGGAGUGAUGGCUGCCACUCUCUGUGGAUCACCAAUGUAUAUGGCUCCCGAGGUGAUCAUGUCUCUACAGUACGAUGCCAAGGCUGAUCUGUGGAGUAUUGGCACAAUUGUGUUCCAGUGUCUGACGGGGAAAGCACCAUUCCAGGCUCAAACACCUCAGCAGUUGAAACAGUUCUAUGAGAAACAUGCCAAUCUUGCUCCGAAUAUUCCUCCCGGGACCUCGCCAGAACUGAAAGAUCUGCUCUUGAAGAUGUUGAAAAGAAAUGCCAGAGAUAGGAUCGAAUUUGAGGACUUUUUCAUGCAUCCAUUUCUGACACAAGGCAGGGAGAAGAAAUCUGCACCAAUGGCUGUGCCUCGUCGUCGAGCAAGUUCUAGUUCAGCAUCAGAUUCACCGAGCGUCAAGACAGUGAGUGCAUCGCCCCUUUCUGGGUUUAUGCCGGCUACACCUCCAAGCCCAGGAAUACAGCGAGUUAAACAGAAAGAUUAUGAAGGCUCUCCGCAUGAAUUAGCUGGAUUUGUAAAAAUAGUCAACAAAGAUCUAGAUAAUAAUAACCCAAGAAGCUGUAGCCCGUCGGAGGACUUUGUCAUGGUGCCAGAACACUUGUCCGGAGAGAACUCAGAUGAGAAUGCCACAUCUCACCGAAGUAGAGCCUCGAAUGAAUACGGCCACCCAACGUCACUCAACGCCGACCAAUGUCAACGAAACAACAAUGGAAACUUUCAGGAAAUGAGUCCUAACCGCCCGUCAACGCUGCCAGUGCCUAGUCCCACAUCCUCCCCAGCCUCUCAGGCUAUUCCUGUACCAACGCAGGUCAAAGCUUACGAACAAUUACAGAAAAACUCUCCAACUAGUCCAUACAGGUGUGACCAAUCAUCCCCACAUUUGAUGCCCCGUUCACAAGGCAUGGCAAUACCCAACAAGAGGAAUUCUGUAGGAAGUUCUGGGCCAGAUAUCGGGUCAUUGUCACCACCCUCAGUUCAGUUCAUGAUUGGUACCCCUCCGAGUACAACAUGGAAGAGAAGCAGUGUGAGUGGAGGCACACCUCCCCCGACCAGGAACGCCAGCAAUACACCCCCGAAUAAUAACGAAUCAACCAACAGGUUUGCUGGAAUCUCUCCACCCCCUUAUGGCGGAAAUCUGCCGACCAUCCAUGGAUCUCCUACCAAGAAAUUCAUGAUCAACAUCGGUGGUUAUCCCUCCCAUAGCAGUCAUCAUGAUCCUAACAGUCCAUCCUUACCACUGAAUCCACCGUUUGGCACAACCAAGCAUAAAACAUGUCCUGACAUGGCUAGUCUGUGGGAAGAAGAAGAGAAUCAGGUUGCCCCGUACUAUCUUCAUCGAGACCGAGCAGUCACCAAUCCAGACUUUGCGACAUCACCUAACAGUGGGAGAGCUAUCUUGGGCGACCGGGAACAGUUACUGAGGGCAGCAUUUGGUGGUGGAGGAGUGGCCACUUCACCUCCUAACUCGGGUUUCUACGGCGGCAUGGCUACGAGUCCAAUGUACGAGCAGCAGCAUGGGAUGCCGUUCAGCGUGACAUCACCAAAACAUGGCAAGGAAAAUAUGAACAUGAAUAGACAAGUGGGGAGGCGCAGGAGCCUUAGUGCCAUUGAGCCAUCAUCUCCUCAUAGGAACUAUGCUAGGUCUCCACCUAACAUGGAAGGCCCUGUGAUAUUCGUGGCACCUGAGCUGGCUGAGGAAACCCUCAUGGAUCGUGAACAUAAUGAAACCAUCUCCAAGUUGAAUUUUGUUGUGGCUCUGGUGGAGUGCAUCAUAGAGCUGGCACAGACGAGGAGUACACCACUCAAUGACUCCAUCAUCUCACCAAAUAAACAAAACGACACGUUCACCCUUGACCAUAUAUCGUUCAUCAGUGAAGGCCAGCGACGCCUGGAGCAGUUGGUGUUGUACGUGCGAGCGUUACAGAUGUUAUCAUCAUCGAUACAGCUUGCUCAGAAUGAAAUCAGAAUGAGAAGGUUACAGCCGUCAUCUGCUGUCAAACAAGUCCUGAAGGAGAUGAACAGCUUGUACCACCAGUGCCUGAGUGUUUGUAAACAUUUACAUAGGAAGGGCAUACCACCAGUGUCCGGCCUGAAUCCUGAAACCACCACCAUCACAGCAGAGAAGUUGAUUUAUAGCUAUGCCAUAGAAAUGUGUCAGACAGCAGCACUCGAUGAACUGUUUGGUAACCCCCGUGAGUGCUUCAGACGUUAUCAGAAUGCCCAGAUUCUGUUGCACAGCUUAGCACAGCAGGCACAGACCAAAAAAGACAGGGUCUUACUUGAAAAAUAUAAAGAAUCAGUUGAGCAGAGGCUUUUCAACCUCCAGGGACAGGGUGUAGUGUACAUGUACGAAGCCUCCUGAUAUCAUAGGCCAGACAUGAACAUUGUCGUUCAGGUAUCAGACUGGAUUAUCGUGAAUAGGCACGUUAAGGAGACAGACUUGAAUAAGAUGGAAACACUGCCAUUGACUAUGGACUAGGAUCUCCUGCGAACACUUCAACAUGAUAAUUGAGACGCUGCAGAUAGGAUAUAUCACAAGGUCUUUGGUGUGUUUUCUUGGUCACUUGGACUAGAGUCGGUACACACUUGAAGAAAAAUACGGGUUACUCUGCAAGUGAGGCCAUGAUGGGAAGAGCGACUGUCAAUGAUGUGUUCAGGUUGUUAAGUGAAUAUAUUUUAUCACAUAUGUGGAUCUCUAUCUUCAUAUUGCAUGUAUUGUGACUCACCCUCACAGGAUCUUCAGUACACUGUUUCUCAUACAAGUGAUUUUCUCCUGGGCCGAGGUCUGACAAAGGCUAGACAUUGUGGUCUUCAAAAAUACUGGGAAAAGAGCAUUGCCAAUCCCAGUGCGAUCUCGAAUACAGUGCAAUUUGAGGAGAUAUUCUGUCUGAUAUGUUGGAGUUGUGAUUCUGAGUAAGUGAUCUUGGUUUGUCGGCAUCUAAGUAGCUGGAAAUUCAGUGCAAGAUUCCAUCAAAUUUUGUUGGUGCAGAUGGAUUUGCACGAUCUUUUAUUGACGAUGUAUCAGUGGAGAGCGCUGUGCUUCAUUUUUCUCCUCCUUUGAGGCGAGACAGCAUGUUGGGGACUACCAUGCACAGGGAAUUGGCUCCAGAUUCAAUUAAUUUGACAUAGAUAUAAGUUAAGAUUCUACAACUUAUAAGUAGUCAUUUAAUGUGGAAAAAAAAUUCGUCUAAAAAAUAGAUCGUAGUAAAAAGCAUAGAUUAGAUUCACAAUGUCAUAAUAUUCUCUUGUAAAUUACAUGUACCAUCCUGUACAUUCAAUCAUAUCGUCAAUACUUAAUUCAUGUGUGGAAGUAAAUUAUAUCAUAUUUUGAACAUCUCUUGAAAGUACAGCAAUAUUAUGACGACAGUUCGUUCAAUCAUGACACUAGCCUUUGUAAGCUGUAGCUGAUCAGUAUUCGUUCUAUAGACAUGUAUAUGUGGUGUAAUGGGAAGGUUUGAGGUUUUGCCAUUGUCAUCAUAAUCAAAGUACAAACUAUAUAAUUGCAAGUGUAUAGAUUCAGUUUCUCAGUGUGUUCCAAAUUAUGACAGUGCUACUCGUGUACAAUAUCAAAUACUUAGUGAUUUCUGGCUAGAAGUUCAUUGUUACAUGUACAAUAAGUUGUUGAGUACAUAAUUCUGAAAAUUAUUUUGGGGAGGGAAAAAUGGCUUGACAUAGAUGUUUAGACUGUCAAUGCGAGCAUGUUUCUGUCUCGGUAAAUACAAUUUUCUUUGGGGUUUCAAAACAGAGAUGAUUUAAAUAUUCUGUAUAAGGUGGAUAAAAUGCAGACUUCCACUGUUUUGGUCUUUGGCGUACGCGUGUAUUAUGUGUGCUUUGUAAGUAUUUGUGCUUAGAUCAGCUGCUUUAUUCAAACAGUGUUUUCUCCUUUUUAUUUUCAACUCAAGCGAUAUAUAGACAUUUGAUUAGUAAUGACAAAUUCACCACUUGUUGGCAGCAACAGGUGGUGUCUAUGAACACAGGGUAGUAUGUUGGAGGAGCAAACUUCAAGUCUGCGAGCCGGUGCAUGGUCACCAUGGUUUUCAUUAGCUUUGUUUUUAAAUCAAAUGUGCACAGACAUUGUAAGAAUUGAGUAUUCUAUGAUUGUGUUUUAAUAAUGUUGUAAGAUUAUGCUGUGUCUAUUGUAGUAUGAGAUUUCGUCGAUGUAUUGAUUGUAAAUAGUUUGUAUAAAAGGAGCGGAUUAAGUGCAAUAUAUCCUGGUGGUAUUCGAGUCCUUAAUUUCUCCUUCACUCAUUGAAGUAAUUGGAGUGGCUGUUGACGUAGCACUCAAUGCUGGCAAUAUUGUGCUACAGAGAAUGCGCCAGGUAUUACUAUUAUCAUUAUUAUAAUCACCUGUGUGUUGUCCUGGUUUUCUAAUCAAACUUCUGUUGUUGUUUGUAGAGUUGAUAUUUCAUGAUCGUCUCCGAAAAAUGUUUUGAAUAUCAUAUAGUACGUGACCUCCCAUUGAUUUCAUAAGGAAGGGAUCAACCAGGUACACGUAUCGAACCAAGAAUUUAUCAAUUCUUGCUAGUACCUACACUAAUUACCGGUAGUCAUAUUCAAAUUGUUAUCAAUCUGUGCACUUUCUUGUUGUAUUUACAAUCACUUGUACAUUGUAGGUCUCUUACAAGCACUGUGUACGGGCUGUCGUAAGCAAACCCUGUUCUUACCGACUGGCAGAGCAUUUCAGUGGCCCAAGUCUUUGUUGUAUUGGGUGGACAACUGCAAGUUUUAAGUUUCCAAGAAUAUGGCCAAUGGGUUCUACUUCCAGGCGGUAUAGCCAUGGUUGUUUGUACAGUGAUAAGGAAUCUUAGGUAAGAGUUGCGACAUUCUGAGAAGGACUUCAGGUCUUGAGGUUUGUACUGCAGAUGAGCCUACCUGUACAUUUCAAUGUUCAUUCUCGGUAUUCCUCAGACGUCAUUUCAAAAUGAACCAACUCCAGAGGGGUUCCUCUCUGAGAAAUGCUAUUGUUUUGUCACUUUAUAAGAUUUGACUAUGAAGUAGCCUUAAAAUAGAUAUGAAAACCCAUGUGAUUAUAUUACCUACCCUUGCAUGUAAUGGCUGGAGUACACUUCACAAGAUUUAACGGUAAUCUGGUGCCAUCAAUUCCAGUUGAUCUUGCUGAAAUGUUGUAUUAUAACUCUGUGUAAUGCCAUACUGUUUCAUGGGUGAUGUAAUAAAUGUUUACGUACGAUAAGUGGGGGUUGGACAACAUCCAUUGUUGUUAUGUACAUAAUUGUUGGGUAUUGAAUGCUAAACAGUUGUGAAUGUUUUAAUAUAUGUACUGGUAUUGUGAUGGUUCUUGUCAACCAAGUAUGAGUGUGUCCAGCCAACCUGAUUGUAUAUUAUGUAAAUAGUUAUUUAUUAAAUCAUCAAUAAAAUGUUUUCUGAUGACCGAACAUUACAUCGUA